GACCUGCGGCGAGAUCACGACUGCGGAGUCCCACCGAAAAGUGGCCCCUGCAGAAUGCUCCCUCACUUCUUGGUGCUCUGCCUCCUGCACUCAGUGCAAGCCACCGAGGGCCCCGAGAGCGGCGGGGACAACCAGAGCCUGGAGGCGGCGCUCGCCGCGCCCAACGCCUCUCACUUCUUCUCCUGGAACAACUACACCUUUUCGGACUGGCAGAACUUUGUGGGCAGGAGGAGGUACGGGGCCGAGUCCCAGGACCCCACGGUGAAAGCCCUGCUCAUCGUGGCUUACUCCUUCAUCAUCAUCUUCUCGCUCUUUGGGAACGUCUUGGUGUGUCAUGUCAUCUUCAAGAACCAGAGAAUGCACUCGGCCACCAGCCUCUUCAUUGUCAACCUGGCUGUCGCUGACAUCAUGAUCACACUCCUCAACACACCUUUCACUUUGGUCCGAUUUGUGAACAGCACAUGGGUGUUUGGGAAGGGCAUGUGCCACGUCAGCCGCUUCGCCCAGUACUGCUCCCUGCACGUCUCAGCACUGACACUGACAGCCAUUGCUGUGGACCGCCAUCAGGUCAUUAUGCAUCCGCUUAAACCCCGGAUCUCAAUCACAAAAGGCGUCAUCUACAUCGUUGUCAUCUGGACCAUGGCUACGUUCUUUUCGCUCCCACAUGCUAUCUGCCAGAAAUUAUUUACCUUCAAGUAUAGUGAGGACGUCAUCCGCUCCCUAUGCCUACCAGACUUCCCUGAGCCUGCUGACCUCUUCUGGAAGUACCUGGACCUGGCCACCUUCAUCCUGCUGUACAUCCUACCCCUCUUCAUCAUCUCGGUGGCCUAUGCCCGAGUGGCCAAGAAGCUGUGGCUGUGCAACACAAUUGGUGACGUGACUACCGAGCAGUACCUUGCCCUGAGGCGUAAGAAGAAGAAGACUAUCAAGAUGCUGAUGCUGGUGGUGGUUCUUUUUGCCCUCUGCUGGUUCCCCCUUAACUGCUAUGUCCUCCUCCUAUCCAGCAAGGUCAUCCGCACCAACAAUGCCAUCUAUUUUGCCUUCCACUGGUUCGCCAUGAGCAGCACCUGCUACAACCCUUUCAUCUACUGCUGGCUCAAUGAGAACUUCAGGGUUGAGCUGAAGGCAUUACUGAGCAUGUGCCAAAGGCUGCCCAAGCCUCAGGAGGACAGGCCACCCUCCCCUGUUCCUUCUUUCAGGGUGGCAUGGACAGAAAAGAGCAACAACCAGAGGGCCCCACUAGCCAAUAACCUGCCGCCCUCCUGUCACCUCCAGUCUGGGAAGACAGACCUGUCGUCUGUGGAGCCCAUUGUGGCAAUGAGUUAG